AUGGCGCUGAAGGUGGCCCACGACUCCGACAUUGGGUCUGCCGACCACGCAAGCAUUCCCGUCCAUCAAAGUCAUCACGAGCUUACGAGAAGAGUUUUGUUCAAAGCCGAUAUUCGAGUUCUGCCGCUUGUCGCCCUGCUCUUUCUCUGCUCGUUUCUCGACAGGACAAACGUCGGCAAUGCCAAAAUCAUUGGGUUAGAAAAAGACAUUCAUAUCAAUCCUUCACAGUAUAGAAACGGCCUUGCCAUUUACUAUGCCUGCUACAUCGCCAGUGAGGUUCCUAGCAACCUGAUCAUCAAAAAAGUCUCCCCCAAAAUUUGGUUACCGUUUUUGACAUUUUCUUGGGGCAUAAUCACUAUUGGAACUGGCUUUAUGCGCGACUACAAAGACUUCAUGAUCCUCCGAGCGGUGCUGGGCAUCUUCGAAGGUGGUCUCCUUCCCGGCAUUGUCCUGUACUUGUCCAGCAUGUAUACGCGCAGCGAGCUUGCCGUUCGCAUUGGAAUGUUUUAUACAGGAGGCUCGCUAUCUGGUGCUUUUGGUGGGUUGCUCGCUCGUGGGCUCUCUGCCAUUGGCCCUCGUGGUGGCUUGGAAGGCUGGCGUUGGAUUUUUAUCAUGGAGGGUGUCAUUACUGCUAUAGUCGCUGCUUUUUCUUACCUUGGUCUGCCAAACUCGCUGCAAGAAGCUUCAUUCCUGACGAAGGAGGAGCAGCAGUGGGCGGUAGAUCGUCUCGAGCAAGACGGGGGUGGACGAUUCAGUCGUGCUCUCGAGCGUGCAGAACCUUUUCAAUGGUCUGAAGUGCGCCGCGGCAUGUCCAACGUUCAGGUCUGGCUCAGUAGCACGGCUUACUUUGCUAUCCUCAGCGGUUUAUACUCAUUUGGCCUGUUUCUACCCACAAUUGUCAAGGAAAUUGGAAUUGCAAGCGAUGCGAACCAGGUCCAGCUUUGGUCCGUCAUACCAUUUGCUGUAGCCACACCAUUUACAGUCUUGGUAGCACUUUUAUCAGAUCACCUCAAAGUUCGAGGUAUCAUCAUGUUGUGUGUCAUUCCCAUUGCCAUUGCAGGCUACGCUGUCAUUGCCAAUACCAAGUCACCAGAGACACGUUUCGCCAUGACGUGUUUGAUGGCUUUGGGCAUGUACUGCGCGGUGCCGCCUGUUCUAGUUUGGAACUCGAAUAACUCAGCUGGCCAUUACAAGCGUGCCACAACGUCGGGCUUGCAACUUGCCAUUGCGAACGCCGGCGGCUUCGUUGCUACAUUCGUUUACCCAGAUUCGCAAGAGCCCUACUAUCAUAAGGGGCAUACUGUCAUACUCGGAUUGCUAUGCUAUGCCUGGCUCGCGGUUCUUGCCAACAUUUUCUGGCUCUGGGGAUGA